CAAUAGAGCCAUUUCCCGAUCAUUUGCAAGUUGUAUCGAUUUCGCUAUUAUAUAUACAACGUUUCUCUUCUUCUUCAAACUCACAAAUGCAUGAUCUCUUUCAUAUUCACAAACACUUUCUAUAUUCUCCUGCAUUAUAUUCAUUUUUGCUAUAUAAACUCUCCCUACAAUUUUGCUUCCAAACUUUUCUUUAAUUAUCAAUAAAAUAAUUUUUUCCUUCCUCUUCUAAUAUCUUCCUCCAAUAAUAAUAUUGAAGUGCAACAAAGAUGGAUGUAUAAUCGUAUGGAUCCAUAUCUGCCAAAAGUAUAUGUAGAAUAUGAAGUUGGGUUAGAGCAAUUCAUGAAUUUUGCAAGUCAGCGUUUAGAUGAGGAGGGAAGAAUGUGGUUUCCAUGCUCGAUUUGUAACAAUGGAGAGUUUUUUUGCCCGAACUUUGUGCACAUGAAUUUAUAUAACAGAGGAUUUCAACCAAGCUACUAUGUUUGGACAUGUCAUGGAGAAAUGCUGCAACCUCAAUACCAAUAUGAAGCCGGCAAUGAAAAUAUUGAUUACAAUUCAUAUCAAACCAAUGAGGCGGAAUGGAAUUCUAAAACAUACAUGGGAGAAUUUGUCUCUACAGGAGACAUGUUUAUGCCACAAACAAGUGGUGGGCAUGGUACCGGAAGUGGUGAACAUUCUGGUGAACAUUUUUUUACCUGAUAAUGCUUGGGAAUUCCCUAACGUGGACUCUGCAAGUUUUUUUAACCGUUUAAACAUGGCAAGUGAACCUUUUUAUGAUAAUUGCGUUGAAAGAUUGUCAAAAUUUUUGUUAGCUGCUGAUGUGAUGCACAUUAAGACGAACCACAAUCUAGCUGAAACUUGUGUUGAUGAUGUGUCACACUUGAUUCACAAGAUUUUACCUAAAGGUAAUGUUGCUUCUCAAAGCUAUUAUGAAACAGAGAAGCUGAUGUGUACAUUGAGUAUGCCUUACCAUAGGAUUGAUAUAUGCCAAAAUAAUUGCAUGAUUUAUUGGGGUGACCCUGAUGAAAAUCUAAUCGUAUGCAAAUUUUGUGAGCAUCUAAGGUACAAACCACAGAAGACAUCUAGAAAGGAUUCCUCUACGAGAAAACGUAUUCCAUACAAGAGGAUGUUUUAUCUGCCAUUAGCCGACAGAUUAAAAAGACUGUAUUUAUCCGAGAGAAUAGCAACACAUAUGCGUUGGCAUGCAGAACACACGUCUCAGGAUGGUAAGAUGGAACAUCCUUCAGAUGAUAAGGCGUGUAAACAUUUCCAAGAGCUUUAUCCUGAGUUUGCUUCUAACAGUAGGAAUAUUUACCUAGGACUUUGUACAGAUGGGUUUAACCCAUUUGGAUCAUCGGGUGGUAAUUAUUCGCUGUGGCCUAUUAUUCUAACUCCAUAUAAUCUCCCGCCAGAUAUGUGCAUGAAAAGAGAAUAUCUAUAUCUUAGUAUUUUAGUCCCAGGGCGAAACCAUCCAAAACGAAGUUUGGAUAUAUUCUUACGACCGUUGAUUGAAGAAUUGUAGGAACUAAUGGCAUUUGGUGUUGAAGCAUUUGAUGUUUCUGUAAAGCAGAAUUUCAAUCUCAAAGCAGUGUUAAUGUGGACAAGUGAUUUUCCGGCAUUGGGGAUGUUAUCUGGAUGGACAACCCAUGGAAGAUUAUCGUGUCCGUAUUAUAUGGAGGACACAUAUGCAUUUCAGUUAAAGCAUGGUCGCAAAUCAAGUUGGUUUGACUGUCAUCGGAGGUUUUUGCCAGGAGAUCAUGGGUUCCGUCAAAAUAGAAGAUCUUUCUGAAAGAACAAAGUUGUCAUGAAAUCAGCACCAUAUCAUCGUUCGGGAGAAGAAAUCUUUGUUGAUCAGUUGGAGGACAUCUAUGGAUUGAAGAAAUCAGUUGAAUGUGGAGGCAACAGUCAUGUAAACUCUGAGAUUGAGGGAUAUGGCGAAACACAUCAUUGGCAUAAGCAUAGUAUUUUUUGGGAGCUGCCAUAUUGGAGGACACACCUUCUUCGGCAUUGCCUUGAUGUUAUGCAUAUCGAGAAGAAUUUUUUUGAUAAUCUAAUUAACACUUUGCUAAAUGUGUCAGGGAAGACAAAAGAUUCUAUAAAUUCACAGAAAUAUCUAGUUCUGUAUUGUGAUUGCAAACCGUUACAUCUCACGGAUUUUUGGAAGGCUCCAAUUCCUAUAUUCAGGUUGUCCGCAAGCGCAAAGCAUGCAUUUUUGAAAUGGUUGAAGGAUGUUGUCAAGUUUCUUGAUGGAUAUGUAUCUAACAUAGGACGAUGCAUACACAUUGACCAAGGGUGUAAAAAUGGUUUGAAAAGUCACGACUGCCACGUGAUUAUGCAACGGUUAUUUCCCUUUGUUUUCUGUGAACUUCUUCCUUCUGAAGUCCAUGAAGCAAUCUCAGAUGUAGGUAUUUUCUUCCGCGAUCUUUGUUCAAGAAGUUUGAAUACCUGUGACAUGUAUCGUCUGGAAAAAAAUAUCGCCCAGACUCUGUGCAAUCUCGAGAAGAUAUUUCCACCUUCAGUUUUUGAUGUUAUGGAACAUUUGACUGUUCACUUCUCUCAGAAGCUGAGCUAGGGGGACCGGUGCAGUUUCGAUGGAUGUAUCCGUUUGAGCGAUUUAUGUUUCACCUCAAGAAGAAAGCAAACAACAAAGCAAGUGUUGAAGGGUCAAUUGUGGAGCAAUUUAUAAAUGAAGAAAUCACAAAUUUCAGCUUUCACCACUUUGAUUCUAUUGGAAAUACUGUUUUAAACAGUACACGGAAACGACAUGCUAGUGGAUUUUUUCAGGAAUAUACGUACUCAUACGAUGUGCCAGCAUUAUUCAAACAUGUUGGUGGUGCAAGUGGUGGUUCUUAUUACGAGUGGUUAACUGAUGAUGAUAACCACAUCGCUCAUACUUAUAUUAUACUCAAUUGUGAAGAGCUGCAACAAUGGUCAACAAUGCACAAAUGACCAUUGAAGCACUGCUAGCACAAGAAGCAAGGAUAUUAAUGCCAGUUCUUCAUCCAAAGAGGGAAAACGGAGCUAUGUGUUGCAGGUUUGAUCUUUCACACUAUCUCAACCGAGUAUUUGUUUUGGUCGUUGCAAGUUUGGUCUUGAUAACCCUCCACGGCGAGCAAUCAUUGCUUCAAUCCGCAUGCACUUUGAUGGACCAUGAUAUAACAUAAGUUCUGUUCCAAAUGAUGCCAUCAUGCAAUGGUAGGGUGAUUUCAUACAAAGUUUUUACUGGGAUGAUGCAUAUGGCAGAGAAGUGUAUCAUAUGUGGUACCAUUUUCUUGCUGGCCGCCUUAGAGACAUGAUCUCAAAGGCCAAAGUUUCUGGCAAUAAGCCAGAAUGGAUUAGUGGGGAGAUAUGAGAGCUAAUGGUAGAGUAUUGGGGUACUGACGCAGCUCAGAAGAGGAGCAAGAUAGCUUCUGAUAAUCGUUUAUCUUGUCGUGAUGGGUUUGGUCCACAUGCUCACACUUCUGGUUCACGUUCGUACGACCAGCUCUGAGAGUUAAUUCGACGCAAAGAAGGGAUUGAGCCUUCCAUGCUUCGAAUUCUCAGAGAGACCCACCGCAAAGCUGAUGGCACAUAUGUUGAUGAUAAGGCGAGGUCGAUCGAAGAAGAGAUUCAGAGAGAGAUUGAAGCAAUAUCUCAAACCGCAGAUGGCGCCCCACAAGGAGGUUCAGAGAACACAUGUCUGAGUCGACUUGAUGAGGAUGAGCUGUUCUACAAGGUGGUACCUGCUCAGAAUGGGAGGAUCUUCGGUCUCGGGGGACAAAACUACAUACGUGAGCGUGGAGAAAGCUCAACUGGUGCCGUUACAAGAAUCUCUCUUGAACGCCAAGUGAUAAAUCUUCAAGAGCAGUUGGCAGGGGUGGUUGAAUUUAUGAGGCAAUAUAUGCCAGAAGGUUCCGCAAACACUUUCCUCUCGACUGAGCCAACUUCUGCAACAGGUGCGUCGGUGACCAGCCCAACGCAAGGCAACAACAUAGAGAACCGAGAUGCAAACCCUGAAGCUCCGACUGACCCUCCAGAAGCUGCUAAUGACGUCCAUCACAGUCAUCCCACUAAUCUGGCUGAUGAGUCUCAUGACACAGAAGACAAUGACGAUGAGGAGCUUGUCGGCGGUGCCCUCUUCUGAUCAACUUGUUCUCACACCUUCCUGUAACCCCUCUACCAUAUAAGACUCUGUUUUUUGUGCUACUGCAAGUUUAACAACUCUGUCUUUUCUCUGUUUGAAUGUUUAAAUUUAUGUCUUUUGUCUAAAUGUUUAAAACUAAGUUUGUAAUCUCUGUCUUUAAUCAGAGCCUUCUGUCUUAA